AUGGAGGAUCGAUUUACUGAUACGAUUUUACGAGCAACUAAUGUUCAAUCAGCAAUUGAAAGAUUUGAAAAACGCCAACCUGUGCCACUUCCGCCAACAAAUCCAAACAGAUUUUAUCAUCAACCAAAUUAUCAUCAAAAAGUUGAAGAAAUACCUGAUGAACCUCCAGAAGUUGCUACACCAUUAUUUAUAAACACUAUAACUCAUCAGGAAAAUGUUCAAUAUUUCCCAGCGAUAACACCACCAAAAGAAUCAUCAUCUCCACUACAGCCUGCUAUUCCAAUCGGAAGAUUUGAUAGUUUUCAACCUCUCAACUUCGGAAAAACAAUUCAAGGGAUCUACAACUCAACAGAAAUGCCAAAUGUACUCUCGCCAACAUUUUCAGUUGAUUUGAAUGUGGUCUCACCACAACCGCCAAUUGUUGCACCAAGGAAACUUUUCAACCAAAAUGCUCCAGUGAAUGUUGAAACAAAGAAAGUUUGGAAUGUGAAUGAUAAUCAGGUUUGUGUGCUAGUUUAUUUUUCGCGAUGA